GUCGCGUAGUUAAGAAGGCGGCCGAUUUGGAAUGAACGUGACAUUCAGGCAGUAAUUUGUUGAAGUCCAAACACCUCUGUCUUUGCUGAUCACUAAAUUGGUUCUGGUAUCAAAACAUAUAGGUGCCCUCAUCGAAAGAGUUUCAACUUCUUUUUCUUCUAACAUGUGGUUUAGAGAUGUAUACGAUAUUGCAUUAGGUUUUGGGAACUUCGUCCCUCAAUAUUUAUUCAUAAUCUUGUCAACAUUGCUUGUUUUAACACCUUUCUCCCCUCUUGAUGCUGUCCAAGAAUUCACCGUUUAUCGCGCCCAACAGUACGAUUUUCAAGGUGUUCGUAUUGGUAGUCGAUUAUCAUCUGUAAAUUGUGAAGCCCAAACACAAAGCAAUAAACUUGUUGGUCGAAACUGUCUUCUUCUACGAUUAGCAGAUGUAACAGUCGAUAUCAUCAAAGAUGCUGUUUACCACAAAGUUGCUGGGAUUCAUUUUAUCCAUAUAGAAAAAGAGCUGCUAACGGAUGAAUUUCAAAUCCCUAUCUACUUUGCCUUUAAUAAUUCUGCACUACAAGAAGUGUUUGGACAGGUUAGUCAACUCACCAAGUCCAAUACACAGAGUUCAGGAUUAUCUGCCUUAACUCAAGCGAUUUCUUCAACUGGUUAUCGACUGUUAGGUGGAUCAUUAAUGCCAAAACCUGUAACUGAUAAUUAUGUAUUAAACAUAGAGGGUCGUCUUGGAAGAGAAAAUGCAAAGUCCACUAUUAUUAUAUGUGCACAUUAUGAUGCAAUUUCAGCAAUUCCUAGUUUGGCUUAUGGAGCUGAUGCGAAUGGUAGUGGUGUGGUUAUCUUACUAGAAUUGGCCCGUCUAUUAUCACGUCUGUACGCAAACGAAGCCAAUAAAUCACCAUAUCAAAUUGUAUUUCUUCUAACUGGUGGUGGAAAAUUCAAUUUUGUUGGUUCCAAACGAUGGCUUGAUCAAAGUAUUGAAGAUUCUGUUGGUUUAGCUCUUUUAGAUUCUGUUACACAAGUGAUUUGUUUAGAAGGUUUGGGUUCACCAAAUUUCACUCGAAAUAUUUAUGCGCAUGUAUCGAAACCACCGAAAGAAGGUUCAUUUUUAUAUUAUUUUUUGAAAGCUUUAAAUGUAGCCAGUGAUUUGCAUCCAUUUCCAAAUGAGCUAUUAACUCACCAUCAUCAAUCAACAGAUAUGAAUGAAUCCAACAAUAGUUCCAUUCAAAUGAUUCAUAAAAAAAUUAAUUUAAAUCAAGAAACUUUAGCAUGGGAACAUGAACGAUUCUCCAUUCAUCGAUUGCCUAGUUUAACUUUAUCUAAUUGGCCAUCUGUUCAUAUUGCCAAUGAAUGGCGUCAAACUUCAUUAGAUGGUAUUAGUACUGUUGAUCGUAAUGAUCAUGAUGAUGAUGACGGUGAUGAUGAGGAUAUGUCAAAUCAAACUGUAUCUCAUCGUGGCACUGUUAAUCCAAUGUUAUUAGCUCGAAAUACACGUGUUAUUUUAGAAGCUUUAUUACGUGUAUUAUAUGAAAUGAAUUCAAAUAAAUCGAUGAUUAUGAAUCAUUCACCAAUUGUUGCAUCCCAUUGGUCCAAUGAAGUGACAACUGGUACAUUAUUAGAUUUAAUUACUAGAACACCUCGUAGUGCUCAAUAUUUAACUUCAAAAUGGAAUACUCAUCAGAAAACAAUGAAACAGUCAUCUAUAGAAAUGUCAACAAAUCAUCGAUUGCAUAAUAAAGAUACUACUUUUAAUCAAACUGGAAUUAUUAAAGAUUUAGAAUAUUAUUUAUCCCAGUUUAUUGAUCAUGUUCAAGUUGUUCAACAUGCAUUGAAUGAUGUGACCAUGAAAUCACGUGAUAAAACAUCCUCCUCCUCCUCAUCAUCAUCAUCUAAUCAACGAAAUGAUCGAACAAAAACUAGUGGUAGUGGCAGUAGUCCUCCAUCGGAUUCUUCCAGUGAAACACAAUUUAAUGCAAUGCCAUCAAUAAUCACUUUGACAGCAGCAUCCACAGAGAUAGAUGUUGUUUUAUAUUCUGAUGUGAUUCCAUGUGUCAUAUCAGUUCAUAGGCUUAAAUCAUCUGUAUUCGAUUUCGCCAUUGCUUGUUUAAUAACUGGUUACCUUGGCUUGGUGUAUUUGUUUUUAGAAUAUUUCCAUCUGAUUCAAAAUCUUUUCAAAUUCAAUCGAACAACAAAGUCCAAAUCUCAAUGAUCAUAUAUAUAUAUAUAU